CCACAAACACGCAACGAGAGUCACAUCACUCAACAUCUUCAAUGGUUCUUUGAGCGUACCCUCGCUACACAGUCGCUUCCUGCCAAUUCACUUUUCUUUGUUCCUGGACCAUUGACGAUGGCAGUAGAUGUGGUUCAAAGAAACAUCGUCGGGGCAUUGUCGUGCCAGAGGGACUCUUAUCUGAGGACGCUGGAGACCGAAGUUAUCUCAUGCGAGGAGUAUACACAGCCAAAAGACGACUCGAAAUCCAAUGGCAAGAAAUCCACCGAUGCUUCGAAUGUUCCACGCGACAAAGGAAUCGCUGAAACGCGGACAUGGAUGAUCGAGUUUGCUGAUUCUGUGCUCUUUCCCGAGGGUGGUGGACAAUUCGCUGACCAUGGCCUCAUCACACCUCUCGGGACCGAGAAAUCGGGGGAGAUACCAAUUCACAACAUCCAAAGACACGGCUUGAGGUGUGUCCAUUUCUCGCCGGCACCUUUAGAGGUCGGCUCAAGAGUGAGGCAGACAGUGGACUACUCCCGAAGAUGGGAUCUCAUGCAGCAGCACACUGGGCAGCAUUUACUCUCUGCCAUAAUGGACAGCAUGGACCUACCCACGCUUGGCUGGAGCAUGGGACAACCGGGGGAGAUGAAUUAUGUCGAACUUCCGCGCAAACCGACACAGGAGGAGAUCAGCAACAUCCAACUGAGAUGCAAUGCUAAAGUACGCGAAAACCUGCCUGUUACAGUGGAGACACCAAAAGGGAAACAGUCUUCAAGUCUACCCAAGGACUAUGAUGGGGAAGAGGGGGUGAUAAGGUUCAUCAAGAUUGGGGAGCUAGACUACAAUGCUUGCUGUGGAACACAUCUCAAGCAGACAUCGCACAUUGGCCUUGUACUCCUCCAUCAUACCCAAUCGAUUAGGGGAACAAACUGUCGACUGUUCUUCACUGCCGGUGACCGUGCUGUAAAGCUGGCCACGAGUUCGAUCAACGGCCUGCGUGAUAUUGGUAUCUCGCUUUCAACCAGCGCAGCUCCCGAAGAUGUCGCAGCCAAGAUCCAGAACCUCAAUGACCAAGUCUCGGAAGGUAGGAAAAAGGAGAAGAAGAUGAUCACGGAGCUUGCGAAAUACCAGGCUCAACAGAUCAAGGAAUCACUCCAGAACUCUGUCGGCGCUUUUCUGCACCGACCUGAUGACGGUAUGGAUUUUGUUAGCCGUGUUCUUAUCGAGUUGGAUGAUACUCUUAAGCAGGAUAGAGUCAUCAUGCUAUGCACUGGCGACGUCAAAACUACUGGCACGAUCGUGAUACAGGGGAGGGAAGAUCUGGUCUCUUCGUUGUCAGCCAAAGUCAAAGAGAUAGUGAAGGCAGCGAAGGGUGGCGGUAAGGGUAGGAAAUGGCAAGGCAAAGUCACAGAGUGGGGAAGAGGUGAAGUUGAGGGAUUGGAGAGCGCAGUGGAUAAAUUGUGAUCGCAAGCGAUCUCAACAACUCACAAGCGAGCAAGCUUUCUGCUACGAUGACCAAUCUGAUCUGUGCCCA